AUGAGAAGAAUCUUGAUUAUUUUUUUUACAAUUUCAAUUUCUCUUGUUGUUGCUCUUCCACCACCAGAAGGGCUCAAUUUGAAACGAGCCAAACAAAUUAGCCAAGAUGGAAAUGUUGAACAGGUAAGUGAGAAUCAAUAUAAUAUUUUCUAUAAAAAUUCACGAACUUUCAGCAUCACCCAGUUCCACCAAAUCUCCAAAUUCGAUCCCGAAUGAUGGCUGCUUUGAAUUCACAACAAACCGCAGUUAAUAUUGACAAAGCAAAUCAAUUCGCACAGCCAUUGAUUUUAACAAAAUCUAGCAAAAAAGUAAACUCUGCAAAACCUGUAAAAACUGUUGUUGUUGGAGGAGGAGCUGGAGCAAGUUCUACAACUGAAAGUGUGAAUACUGAUGUUGCAGUUACUUUGUCGCCGGAAGAUGUUAGAAAAGUAAGUUUUCUUUGGAAUUGAUUUGUGAGGAUGCAAAGACUGUUAGGUUAGCAAAUAAAACCUGAAAAGGCAGUGAGGGAAAAUCAUAUUUUUCAAGAAUUUUUUCGAAUUUGAAAUUUUGAUUAAAUCACCAAUUUUUGAGAAACCAUAAAAGGUUUCCAUUAAAAAUACUGGCAGUUUCCCGUAACACAUUGUGCUAUGCCACCAAAACUCCUUUUUUUCAGAAAUUCACAUCAAAAGGAAAUGAGAAGGUGAAUCUCAAAGUUCGUCCAGUUCUUCAAACUAAUUUCGUCGAUGCAAACGGUAAAGUUGUUCAUGAUGUUGUUGCGAUUCCGAUUCCAGUCUCUGACGGAGCAAUUCAUUCGAUCCCAAAGUCCUCAAAGAAUGCCACAUCAUCAUCUUCGAUUGUCGAAACUGAGAAGAAUGUGAAUGUCUCGUUCAGAUCUUCACUUCCACUCUGGCUAGUUUGA